CAGUGAUUGGCCAGCCUCUUGCCAGCUGGCCCUGGCCGCCCAAUCGCAGUUCAGUCCGCAAAACCAGUUGCGUUGCACUCUGCCGAACGCCCAUCACGUUGCGCACAUGGAUCGGGUCGAGGUGACCACGCCACACCCAUCAGACCGAGGCAGCGUGCCUGUGCUGGAGGAGCGGCUUGUGUAACAGCUGUAUCAGCCAGUGGCACCGACGGCAGCCAGUUGCGCCAGCACCGUGCCUUGUUGAAAUGUCCAGUACGCAGAGGAGGCGGCGCAUGCAGCGGCCUCUCAGCGCGACAGGGGCCGAGAAAUAGUUGAGGGAUAUUCGGUCACAGUUUGUGAACGACAGUGUUCACGCCGCGUAUGUUUUUGCCGUAGCCGUGGCCACUUUUUUGGAGGAAUGAGAGGCGCAUGCUCGGCUCUUAAAAUGGGAUUGUUUUUGCACGCUGUUGGCUCUGUCACCCCCACCGAGUCCGCAGAGAGCCUACUGCACUGUGAAGGCGCCAACAACCAGAGCUACAUCUGUGAGUCCGGACACUGCUGCGGGGAGCUUCAGUGCUGCAGCUACUAUUAUGAGCUCUGGUGGUUUUGGCUGGUUUGGGCGAUCAUCUUCAUAUUGAGCUGCUGCUGCGUGUGUCACCACCGCCGCACCAAACACCGGCUGCAGCAGCAGCAACGGCAGCACGAGAUCAACCUCAUCGCUUACCGGGAAGCACACAACUACCCCUCUGUGCCCUUCUACUUCAGGUUUCUGCCAAACUACCUCCUGCCUGAUUAUGAAGAAGUGGUCAACCGGCCACCGACUCCUCCCCCUCCCUAUAGUGCCUUACACACAGGCCCAACCUCAGUGGCCUCGAGUCCACUGGCUCCUGAGCAGCAGGAGGGACACUGUCCGGCCAUCCAGCCCACUCCGGUGCCUCCGGCCUCUGACGGUCUGUGCUGUAGAUCCAGCAUGGAGGAACCGCAACCUCCCACCUUAGACUUUAGGCCAAAGCCUGACAACAAGCCCACGCAGACAGCACAAGAUCCAGGUGUGAUACUGCUGUCAGAUGGGCUCAACAGGGAGGGACUCACCAGCCAGGAAAAAAGAAGUGGGAGUGGGGACGAGUCCUGCAAGGACCCCCUGCUGAAGGACAUGUCAGAGGGUUGUGCUGAGGACAAAGACCGACUCCCCAAUGGAAGGAGAAGGCGAUUCACAGGGGACUCUGGGAUUGAGGUGUGCGUGUGCGGCACGCGUGGGAGCAGCGGUUUCAGUGGCGCUGGAGGGACAGGCAAGGAGUUGAGGGAGCUUGAGAGCCUGUUGGGGCGCGGGGGAGAUGAGGAGGAGGACGAGGCCGAUGAGGAGGUGGGCGACUUCUGCGACAGCUGCGGUCAUCGAGCUUCCUUCAGUGUGGAGGAGGAGCAGGCGCUGGGCGGGAUGGAGAGGCGGGCUGCACGUGGGCCGUCAGGACCCCCCCAGCCAGCUCACCAAAACAGCAGCGCUUCGCUCCACCCUCCAGUGUGCCUUCUCCUACACACCAUCAACGAGCAGGAGGGUCCACACCACAGCACCAGCACUGAGCCGCAGGGCUGAGAUGCACUUUUGAUUCAGAUCAGAGAGGGAAGGAGAGAGUACUUGGCACAGAGCGUGGAGGCUUUUGUAUCUGAGCAGGUGUUUUAUGUCUAAAUACUUUCUAGGUGAGUAUUUUUACGAAUGUGUGCAUCUUACAUAAAACAGGUGUGGGAGCAGGAAGUUGAAUCUCAACAAAAAUGAUAAAGAUCCAAAGGUUGAGAAGCGUGCUCCUCCCCACACUGGAACAGUGGCCUUAACCUGUGUAUUUUGGGUUAUAUUUGGGCAGUACAAGCCCUGUUAACAGCCUGUGGUAAUUGAGACUUCUCACACUGCACAAACACUCACACACACGCAGUCCUUCAGUUGACCUUCUCGUGCAACAGAAGCUACUGAUACACAGUCAAAGACUUGAUAGCUGAAGCUGUGUUUUAGGACAGGACAAUCACUGCCCAGGAUGAAUGCAGCUCUCCUCAUCAGGUGCUUGCAAAAGUUCUGCAGAGCUGUUCUUUGUAGGCAGGAAACCAUGUAGUAAAAAAAAAAAAAAAAAAAAAAUACACACAGCAGGAACUUUUUGGAAGAGUGCGAUUAUCACAGUGUGUGCUUAUGCAAACUGAUACUGUACAGGGACACUAGAACAAGACUGCGUGGGACGUCCCGUUAGACUUAUGCUUCUGAAGUGCUUUUUCAGCGAUUAAAAAACGCUCUGACUUGUGUCUGUUUUUGUUGCUCUCUAUCUGCCUCACUAGCGAUAGAGGAGUAUAAGUGCAUUAACAAAUCUUUGUGUGAGCAGUUCCUUUUUUGCACAAAUUAUAUUUAUCUUUAUAAAUCAAAACACAAAAUGCUUACGUUCAUUAGUCAGUCUUAAAUUACAGUACGUGAUUAAUCUCUAGCAACAUCUGUAAGAAAUCGACCUCUGUGAGUUGUUAGUAGGGAAUGUAACAGAUUCACUUCUUACAGUCAUUUUUUCUUAGAAUUGUUUUUAAUGAAUGUUUAUAGUAUGUGCCUACCCAAGAAAUGCAGAAUCAUGAUGAACAAUGAUGGGCUUCAGUGAAGCUGGGAGACCAUGAGGAAAGCAGGUACCAAAAAAACAAGAAAAGAUUAUUAAGCUUCUUUAAGAGAUUACAAAUGAGUCGGGCAACGUCAGACCUCAAACUUUUGUGUCAGUCAGUACAACAGAUCACCACCUUCACCAGCUGUACAGUAGAAAAUAAACAUUCACUCUCUUUGUAUUGGAUUUACAUAUCAGAACUAUUUUACCAUGCUUUUAUUGUGGUAUUCUUCAUUUGAACAUGUUUAACAGCUUUUCAAAAUAUGGCUUGUUAACUGACUUUUUACUUAUGCCUGCCUUUGUGCUGUUGGGUCUGAGAGGAAAUGCUUCUUUUAGUAUAUUUGCAUAUGUCUUCCAUCAUUUAAGGGAUAUUUAUCCCUUACCCAACUUUAUAGGUAGGUAAUUAAUCCCACAAUAGCCAUAGUUGUGGAGCAAAUGGUAAUAUGUACACAGAUUAUUUGUAAUAGAAGUAUUUGACACAACCAUUUUAAAACGAAAAUGCCAUUACACAUUGCUGCCAUCUAGAUGGAAAGAAAACCAAAACAAACAUAAAGAAUGAUAUGUGGUAGUAUAAUAAUAGGUUGAUAGUUUAUAUAUAUUUUUUCUAUAUCUGAAUAUUAGUACUAUAAAGAUGCAUGUGUUUAAGUACAAGUUAACAAGCAAUAUUUAAAAUGCUGCAGAAAACAAACUGGAAGCAUCCAAAAAAUAAACGUUAUCGGUUCCAUUAAUGUAUCUUCUCUGUAAGAGUUAUCAGUCUGAACUGCCUUUAAAGAGCCUGAAUGUUUUAAAUGUAACCUGUUAAUCCAAAUCUUACAGGACCUGUGACGCAGUAGCUGUCGAUUGACGAUGAAUGUGCCGUUCAAAAUGCGACUGAUAAUAAAAUGAACAUGCUGUGUGAACCCUUUCCAGAUUUUUAUUAAAAAAAAAAUGUUGCCCAUUAUCUGAAAUUAACUGGAACUGAUGCUACAUGCCAUCAUAUCAUGCAAAUUGUACUUUUUUUUUUCACACACAUAGCAAUGUCUGCAAAGCACAAAUGUUUCCGCCAUUGGUCUUAUGGGUUUAUAAGGGCCCAGGAAAACAAUCCAACAGAAGAUGUCUCUCAAAUGUCUAGCACAAGUUUAAAUUUUGACCCGAACUUUCUGUCUUAUCAACUUUCUGUCAAUGACUGAACUUUACCCGUCAAUGCCUGAAGACACUCUGAAGUGCUUUACGUGUUCAUUCUUUUUUUGAG